AGAAGAAGUGGUUCCGUCUGCUGUUGAAGCAGCGCGUUUGUUUCGCGGUCAGACUGCGUUUUAAAUCACUCACUUCAGCGCUAAACCUAACUUACGUUAUAUUAUGUCUGUGGCUUUCGCACCGCAUCGGCAACGCGCCAAGGGCGAUAUAACGCCCGCGGGAAUACAGAAGUUACUGGAUGAAAACAAUCAGUUGAUUCAGUGCAUUAUGGACUUCCAGAGUAAAGGAAAAACAGCUGAAUGCUCACACUAUCAGCAGAUGUUACACAGGAAUCUGGUCUAUCUGGCGACUAUAGCAGACUCCAAUCAGAACAUGCAGUCUCUGCUGCCCGCUCCACCCACUCAGAACAUGGGCAUGAAUCAAAGCGCAGCUCCUCCUCAGCCACCUCAUGGUCACAGUUUGCCCUCAGAUGCUGCGCCCGGUCCACACAUGCAGAACCAGAUGAACGGACAGAUUCCAGGUCCUAACCAAAUGUCCAUACAAGGGCCUGGACCCAACCAGACACCCAGCAUACCCAGUGGAUCCAUGAACAUGCCACCCAGCAGUCAUGGCUCUAUGGGGGCGUAUAAUCACGCUGGACCCACCUCACAGGGCAUGACAUCACAGGGUCAGAUGAAUAUAAGCCAGGGACAGCCCAUAGGCACUUACGGCCCUCGCCCCAACAUUAACAUGCAGCCCAACCAGGGGCCCAUAAUGCACCAGCAGGCACCCUCCCAACAGUACAACAUCCCUGCCACUGGUGGCAGUGCACAGCAUUACCAGGGCCAGCAGAAUCCCAUGGGCAUGAUGGGUCAGGGUAAUCAUGUUAUGGGACAGAGGCCUAUGCCCCCCUAUAGGCCACCACAUCAAGGACCUCCACAGCAGUACCCAGGUCAGGAAGAAUAUUACACAGAGCAAUACAGCCAUGGAGGACAGGGGGCGCCAGAGGGAAACUCACAGUACGGUCAGCAGCAGGAUGCGUAUCAGCAGGGUCCUCCUCAACAGCAGGGUUACCCACCACAGCAACAGUACACUGCACAGCAGGGUUAUCCUGGACAACAACAAGCCUACGAAAGAAGAUGAUGAGUAAAGAUCAGGAGUAUGGCGGUGGAGAGGCUGCUGCACUCGAUUCAUUGUUAAGAAGUGUUCAUUGAGCUUUGAUUGAUGAGGCCAAAGUACAACAUCAGAUUAUUCAAUGCUUAACUCACUGCAGUGACUGCAGAAAUCAAAAACUCACUCAGAUAAGAGGACUCUGAUCUGUCUGUCAGCAGUAAGAUCAUCCUCAGAUCAGACACCUGUCUCACAUUUUUCAUCUAACAGAUCAAACUGUCAAUCUCACAACCGGAGUCAACACAUCACCUCGAUCAUGGCUCAGAGCGAGAGCGAGAGAGUCAGUGAUUUCACACACACACACACACACACACACACACACACACACACACACACACACGUGUCUCUUCAUAUUUCACUAGACUUGUUUUCACUCUGCCCUGAGCUGUGAAUGGAUCAUACACAUAAAUACUUUAUCACUUUCCUUUCCUUAUUGUAGAGAGAGUUUUUACUGCUACAUUGCAAACAGUAAGAUAUUGUCUAGGGGUGCUCGGAUUGAUCGGGCACCGAUCGUUAUUGUCCGAUAAACGCUUUAAGAAGUAAAAAGGCAGAUCAGUAGAGCCGAUCGUUUGAUGCAAGACUCAUUGUUAAGCUAGAUGUGUUUAUCAUGUGGCACUAUGCAGACGGAGAGACAGAACAAGUUUCACGAGUGAAGUACACAUACAGAGCCGUGUGCUCUCGCUGUGACUUUGUCAUAGGCUACUCCUGUCUGACUGCGCAGCUCUGCGUGAAGUCAAACACGCCUACUGACUUGACUACAUUUAUCGGUCUGCAGGACCCUUCUGCAAUGUGCAACGCGUGUGCCAAGGAAAUCCAACGAUGCAAAAAGCACCCUUAACAUUUCACAACCUUGUCAGAUAUUUGAAGGUUAAUCGAUGCAAAUGAAUUAGUUGUUUUCAAAGUUAGUGGCAAGUAGGGUUAAAAAGAUCAACAAAUUGACACCAAGUUUCAAACCUGACCUAUUACGACUGACGUUUCAUUGAUUUUUACAAUUUAUUGAAAUCAUGACAAUUACAGCAUUACACAUUUAGAUAUGCUCACAUUUCUUAAUACGCGUUUUUUGCACCAUUGUUACAUUUGAACCAAUCACGGACGUGCCUGUUGAGCUUAUGAAUGUAAUGUCCACUAAACACUCCAGACUCACGCUUUUAUCAUAAACAACUAAGUUUAUUAUGAAGAAAGUAAGAUACAUGCAGAUUUUUUCAUUAUAACGUGAGUCUUGUGACAUUAAACUCAAGUCAUUGACCGCUUCAGUGAUGAUCGUUCUUCAUACAGUUUAUUCACAGUUUUUGUUCAUCAAGCUACCAGCCAACAUAAUGUACUAAUGCUUGAACAUCAAACACCAUAAACACAUCUCUGCAUGUUUUGUCUAUGUUAAAGAAUAUGGCAUGUUAAACGUAUUCUGUUAUUGACACAAUUAUCAUUACAUUAUGAAAGCCAAUAAUAAACAAAUUAUUUUUCAUUUAAUAUGCUUUAUUAAGCCAACUCAGUUUAAAGACACUUCUAAUGCCGCUGUGCUUUAUCAUGCAUAUACAUUCAAUGCGUAUACAUUCAUUAUAUGCAUUCAAUUACAUUAAUUUUAUUAUCAUUUUAUUUUAUUUUAUUUUAUUUAAAAUGACAUCUCAUAGCAUUAUACAAUUGUUGUGCAGAUACAAUACUGGUAGUUUCUGCUACGUUUCUUGACAUACCAGGAGAUGUCUGGAGGUUUAUUUGUUAAUCUCUAACCUCUUCCCAAUAACCAAGCAUAGGCUGCUAUGGUUUAAGUUGUGAGAGCGAGUGGAGUAUGUUUGCACAUGUUGUCUGCUAAUAAAUAAACAGUUGUCAAAUGAUAUUUUUUUUUAAUAAUACUACGUUAUAAUACGUUUUAAGAUGUUUUUAAAAAGAGAUAAAAAAAUUAUGCGACACUAUAAAUAUAUGGGUUUAAAUAGACCGGUGUGAUCGGUACAUGUGAAUGAUACUACUUUCGGUGAUCGGCCCCAAAUAUCCUGAUCGGAGCACCCCUAAUAUUGCCCAUCCCUAACAUGGACAUUUAAUUAUUUACGCAAGUUAGAUUUAAAUUACUGAUUUUUUUUUUCUUCAAAUGUUGGUUUAUGUGUAUGGUAUCAGACAGAUGCCUUUGGUCAUUUCAGAAUAUCUUGCUUAUUGAUUAUUACAAAAAACUGUGAAAUAUAAAGCAUUGUUUUUGUAUUAAAGAAAAGGAAAGUGUGUCUUUUUGUUGUUUUGCUCUAGAUUACUGUACCAUACGUCUACACUACUCUCUCCAUCCAUUGUUUUCAGUCACGUGGCCCAAGGACUGUUAUUAAUCUGUUUCAUUCUGUAUUUUAUAGUCCCUUAAAACUCUCAGAUUAAUGCCAGACCUCCUCUUUGGUAAUGUUUACAUACAUUUUGUGGGAAAUUUCUCGUGUUAUACUGAGGCCAGAAUUAAAUUUUAUACCACAGGCUGUUAAAUGCUUUGGUUAAGAAAUGUUUCACGGGUGUUGAUGAUUUUUCUGUAAACCGCACACAUGAUCUGUCAAAUGUCUUAAAAUAACCACCAGAGCCAUGUUUGUGGUAACCCUGGUAUAAGAGGAAUAAUUGACUCCGGUCCUUUGAAUGAUUUUGAUAUAAUGAACACCUGCGUCUUGCCACCUUGUUGUGCGCUAUUUAUGAAAUUAUUCAACGGCUUGUCGUCAAUUGUUUCUUAUGUAUUGUAUUGUGUAUUAAAUCAUAUUAAUGAAAUGCAAUAAUGUUCAGUCUUAGCAUACGUUUAUUACUCUUACACCUUUAUUAGAUCACUUGUCGUAAUAAAAGGAUUUGCAAACUU